AUGGUGAAUGUUUAUAAUUUCAUUUUGGAUGCAUCUGCCUUCGAAAAAGGUUUAGGUAACAUUAAAAGAUGGUGUGCUCAUACAGAUAAUAAGGUAAAAUUAAAUUUAUAUAUACCUACUUAUACCUUAAAAGAAUUAGAAUUCCUAAAAUUUAAAAAGAAAAGCUUUAUGGCCCGUGAAGCUUUAAAAUUUAUUGAUUCUUUAACUAGCAAGCAUGGCAAAGAUGUCGAGCUAAUCAUCGAACUUUCUGAUAUUUUAGAUAUUAUAACUUGGCAAGACGUUAUUGAAUCAGCAAAUGGCGUUCCAAAAGAUAUUGAUACUUUAAUGAAGAUCCCAAGAAGAUUAAAGAAUUUAUUGAAAAGUUGUGUUUACAAAUCUCAUAUGGAAGAAGGAAAUGCUCAUUGGAUAUUACUUACUGAAAACCAACAAAUUCGUGAUUUAGCAUUUAUUUGUAAUAUUAACUGGUGUUCUGUAGUUAUGGCUGAUACUAUCAUUUCGAAGGAAUUAGAUGCUAAAAUUUUUAAAGAAAGUGAAAAGUUCAACGAGGAAAUGUUGAAAAAUGGUGAAAAGCAAUCAUCUACAGAUGGUAAAGAAGUCAUUAGAACAGAAUUUGAUAAAACCGUGUAUGCUUCAAGAGGGUCAGGUGUUUUAUGGGCUCCCUAG